CCCACGACCCCUCCUCCCAUCCACCCUGGAGGAUGCGCUCCCCCGCGCGGAGCAGCGGAGGCCACGGUUCCCAGAAAUGCGUGCGCCUGAUCCCCUGCGCCCGGACCCGACGUGCCGGCGCCCCCGCCCUGUAGGGUUAUGACUCAUUGAUUAAAAAGAAGAACUUCCCCAAAUACUUUGCACUUUUAACUUCAUAUUAUGGAUACCAAGGAAGAGAAGAAAGAACGGAAACAAAGUUAUUUUGCUCGGAUGAAAUCCAGAAGUGGUAGACUCACAGCAGCCAAGAGGAGAGAGAAUUUCAAGGAGGAGAGAAUGACCAGCAAUUUUCAUAGCAGUGAGAGAUUGAAAAAGAAAAAACAAGCCAAACAAAAUGCAGAGACAGCCUCAACUUUGGCUACAAGGACUCAUACUGGGAAAGAAGAUGUUAAUACAGCCAUUUUAGAGCAAGACAAGUGCAACAUUGCUGUGGAAGAGGAAUAUAUCACUGACGAGAAAAAAAAGAGAAAAAAUAAUCAGUUAAAAGAGAUGAGGCGUACAGAACUAAAGAGGUAUUACAGUACUGAUGACAAUCAAAACAAAACACAUGAUAAAAAAGAGAAGAAGAUGGUGGUUCAGAAGCCCCAUGGUACUGUGGAGUACACUGCUGGAAGCCAGGACACCCUAAACUCCAUAGCACUGAAAUUUAACAUCACUCCCAAUAAACUAGUGGAAAUGAAUAAACUUUUCACACAUACUAUUGUUCCAGGCCAGGUUCUUUUUGUGCCAGAUGCCAACUUUCCCUCUAGUACCUUAAAGUUAUCAUCAUCCAGUCCUGGUGCUACUAUCUCUCCUUCAUCAUCAGAUGCAGAAUAUGACAAACUACCUGAUGCUGACUUAGCAAGAAAGGCCAUAAAACCCAUUGAAAGAGUCUUAUCUUCUACUUCUGAAGAAGAUGAGCCUGGUGUGGUAAAGUUUUUAAAAAUGAAUUGUCGAUACUUCACCGAUGGGAAGGGUGUGGUCGGAGGUGUCAUGAUUGUCACUCCUAACAACAUCAUGUUUGAUCCUCACAAGUCCGACCCCCUGGUCAUUGAAAAUGGGUGUGAGGAGUAUGGCCUCAUUUGCCCCAUGGAAGAGGUGGUUUCCAUUGCCCUCUACAAUGACAUUUCCCACAUGAAGAUCAAAGAUGCCUUGCCAUCGCCUGGAGAAUGGGAAGACCUGGCUUCGGAAAAGGAUAUCAACCCCUUUAGUAAGUUUAAAUCCCUCAGCAAGGAAAAACGGCCGCACAGUGGAGAGAGAACCGUCACUUCAGAUUCCAAACCCACAAGGCCUUUGGAGAAACCGACAGAAUACACACACACGAAGCCCUCGGACAGCUCUGGGUCAGGACAGCUAAAGAACCUGGAAUCCUCCGUGGAGGCAACCAAGGGAUCUCCCACAGCGACUCAAGUCAGCAAGCAGCCUCCUGACCCUCCUACUGGAUUUAAGUCUACCGCCCAAGAAAAUCCCCCUUUAGGAGAAGAAGAUGACUUCGUUGACUUGGAUGAACUGCCUUCGCAAAAUGAUAGCGGGAUGGACAAAAGAGAUACCCCAAAGGAGUGCCUUUCUCUCGACCCAGAGGAGCAAAGGAAGGCUGAGUCACAGGUCAUCAGCUCUGCUACGGACACGCAGGCGCAGUCAGCCCUGAGCUUUUCAAGAACAGAGAGUGAUGCUGAACUGAAGGGGGCCCUAGAUUUAGAAACCUGUGAGAAGCAAGAUAAAAUGCCCGAGGUGGACAAGCAGUCUGGUUCUCCCGAAAGCCAGGUGGAGAACGCAUUGAACAUACAUGAAGACCUAGAUAAAGUUAAACUCAUCGAGUACUACCUUAAUAAGAACAAAGAAGGGUCACCUGAUAACUUGCAGAAGGUAGAGCUAAGUGAUGGCAAAAGGACUGAGCCAGGGGGAAUAGACAUCACUCUCAGUAGUUCCCUUCCCCAGGCCGGUGAGCCCCCAACGGAGGGCAAUAAAGAGCCAGAUAAAAACUGGGUGAAGGAGAGAGCGCCCCAUCCCCUACAGCUGGGCUCUUCUACAGAAGACAAUAUGAGUAAAGAGUCUCUAGGCAACGCUUUGGAAUCUACCCUGGACAGAAGCUGCCAGGGCGCGCAGAUGGAUAAUAAGUCUGAAAUCCAGUUAUGGCUGUUAAAGAGGAUUCAGGUUCCUAUUGAAGAUAUACUUCCUUCAAAAGAAGAGAAAAGCAAGACUCCACCCAUGUUUCUGUGCAUUAAAGUGGGGAAACCGAUGAGGAAAUCUUUUGCCACACACACGGCAGCCAUGGUCCAGCAGUACGGCAAGCGAAGGAAGCAGCCGGAGUACUGGUUCGCUGUUCCUCGGGAGAGGGUGGACCACUUGUACACAUUCUUUGUUCAGUGGUCUCCUGACGUCUAUGGGAAGGAUGCCAAAGAGCAAGGCUUUGUGGUGGUGGAAAAGGAAGAACUGAAUAUGAUCGACAACUUCUUCAGCGAGCCGACCACCAAGAGCUGGGAGAUCAUCACUGUCGAGGAGGCGAAGCGCAGGAAGAGCACGUGCAGCUACUAUGAGGACGAUGACGAGACAGCCCUGCCGAUUCUGCAGCCCCAGAGCGCGCUCCUGGAGAACAUGCACAUCGAGCAGCUGGCCCGCCGCCUUCCAGCCAGGGUACAAGGGUAUCCAUGGAGACUCGCAUAUAGCACAUUGGAGCACGGGACCAGCUUGAAAACUCUCUAUCGGAAAUCAGCAUCGCUAGACAGUCCUGUCCUGCUGGUUAUCAAAGACAUGGAUAAUCAGAUUUUCGGAGCAUAUGCCACUCAUCCUUUCAAGUUCAGUGACCACUAUUACGGCACAGGCGAAACUUUUCUCUACACAUUUAGCCCCAAUUUCAAGGUCUUUAAGUGGAGUGGAGAAAACUCAUACUUUAUCAAUGGAGACAUAAGUUCCUUAGAACUUGGUGGUGGAGGGGGACGAUUUGGUUUAUGGCUAGAUGCUGAUUUAUACCAUGGCCGAAGCAAUUCCUGUAGCACUUUCAACAAUGAUAUUCUUUCCAAAAAGGAAGACUUCAUAGUUCAGGACCUCGAGGUAUGGACAUUCGAGUGAAAUUCAGGCUGCCUUAAAAUUUAACAUUAAAAGGAAUGGGUUUGGACAGCUCUCCUAAAGCUGGCUGGAAGACAAGCCCCAGCCCAGACUGCCUCCUCCCACCACCAUGCUUUCUUUCUGCCAUCAUCUCAGAGCAUGAUCACAUUGCAGAGCGAUCCUGGGAGGUGCAUGUGGAGGGCAGGCACUGAUGAGAGAGAUUGGAAGGCCAGAUUAUUGAAAGACUUGUACUCCCACUUUCAUCAAAUCCAUACAGUGAGGAAUCAGAGUAUUUAUAGAUGUAUGAGUUGAAUGCAAUUUUUAUUUUUGGUAACUGUGAAAAAAAAAAGAUACUGUGGAAAUAUAUACAUGCCUUGUGUAUUUAUCAACAUAAUUUUCAUUACCAAAAUGUACAGCAUACUAUUGUUUGCCAUGGGAAAGGUUAGUCUCAUUUAGAAAAAUUGAAAGUGUACAGCACUUCAAGGGAAUUUGUAUAUGAUUUUUUUAAAAGAAACUUUUAUUUAUUAUUUCUAGUAUAUUGUCUGAAAUGUGUUGCCAGUUUAUUUCUUUUAAUGUGUCAAAUCUUGAAAUAAAGAAAAGUGCUAUGUUUUGGUCACAAUUCUACUUGAUUUAUAUAGUUUUAUAUUGAGCUUUUUUUGCCCUGAUUGUUUAGGGUGAUAGAUCUUAAACAGUAUAUACAUGGAUAUAAAUGCUUAAUUGUGAACUUUCAAAAACUCAUCACCAAUGUUCAUUGAUUUGACUGUUAUAGGCCAGCUUUCCAUGUAGUCAUUAAAAGGUAUAUUUUUAGUUACUUACUCUGAACAUAGUGUAAAGAAGAAUAAGCCAUUUCUCACAGGUAUGACUUGAUAUUUACAGGAGUGGAUACCUUUAUGAACCUAGAAUAGAACAAACCCUGCUUUUGAAUAGAAAAUGGUUUGUUUCUUAUAAAAUCAUUUGUGGCUAGUAACAAAAACUUUGUUUUCAUAGUGUUUUCACAUAAUUUCCCCCAAGUUUUUACACUAACAAACAGACCUCUGUUUUUAAAGGGACUGUUUUAAUUUCUGCAUAUUUUAUAUCAAAUGAAAAAUAUCAAAUUAGCCCAAUUGUCUUGGUCUCUAGACUCUUUUGUUUAAGAAAAAACAAUGCAAAGAAAUGCAUUCAUACCAAAAUUGGAACAAAAAGUAAAACCUAUUUUUUAACAUCAACCCAUUUUUAACAUCAUAAAACACUGUUUUGUUAACUGUAAUAAUAAAACCUUGUUAAAGUUUAACCAAUAUUAUUGAUUGCCAGACUUUUACGAAAGCCAAAGACUGCUAAUGUAAAACAUUUUCAAAUAAUAGCCAAAGCUGAGAAGUGGUCUGUCAUAAAUUACAUCCGAAUAAUCUCGGAAAGAAAAAAUUAAUAACAAAAGUAGUAUUUGAAUAACUGCAUUUAGAAAAAUAAAACAGUUCUUAGAAUGUAAGCCUUAAGUUGGCAGAAUAUUUCCUUUAGAUUAUUCUCUUAUUUUAGACUAUUUAUAAAAGAGAACAAAUUGCCAAGUGGCCUCUUGUCAGAUCAACAGUUACUUAACUCCACUUACAUUCCAUACAAGUUUAAAUGAAUGCUGUAAAAUCUUAAGUCUGUAGCCUGGGUGUGCUUUCUCCUGAGUUCUUCUAUUGAGAAUUCUUGAUGAAAAACAUACUGGCAGUUUAACCUUAAUCUGCUCAUUAAAUAAUGUGUUGGUGUGAGAUAUCAGGAAUGUCUCAUCAUGAUCACGUUUGCCAUUUAUGCCAUUUGCAACCAUAUGCUAUUAACAAACAAAACAGUCAUUUUGCAUAUAGUUCACUCUUACCUAGUUUAGUCCAUGAUAUUACACGUACUUGUGAGAGCAUAUCCAGAUGCUGUGUUCUCUACUUAAAACAGUGUUGCCCAAUCAGAAAUGUGUGGCCCUUCCAUUUAUGAAUAUUGAAUAUAUGUAAUGCAGUGCUAGCCCAAUAUUUUCAAUAAAGGAAUUUAUGCAUUCAG